CGUGUCAUGUGAUUUCAGUCUCAGUGGAGUAGUCAUCUGCUUAACUUGUGUUGUGCAUGUGUGAAGAUCGUACGCAAGGGGAUUACGAUGGAAUUUUUAAUGGGUAACCCUUUUGCUUCUCCGGUUGGACAGAGGAUUGAACAUGCAACUAAUGGAGCUCUGCAGUCAGAAGACUGGGCACUCAAUAUGGAUAUAUGUGACGUCAUUAAUGAGACAGAGGAAGGACCAAAAGAUGCUAUAAGAGCCUUAAAGAAGAGAAUUGUCGGAAACAAAAACUUUCAUGAAGUCAUGCUAGCUUUGACAGUCUUGGAAACUUGUGUGAAAAACUGUGGUCACCGAUUCCAUGUCUUGGUAGCCAGUCACGAGUUUGUUGAAGGAGUUCUGGUUAAAGCCAUAUUGCCCAAAAAUAACCCACCAAACAUAGUACAAGAUAAAGUAUUAAACUUGAUACAGGCUUGGGCUGAUGCAUUCCGAAGUUCCCCAGAUCUAACUGGUGUGGUGGCUGUCUAUGAAGACCUGCGAAGAAAAGGCCUGGAAUUUCCCAUGACAGACCUGGAUUCACUAUCGCCUAUACACACACCUCAGCGUAGUGUUCCUGAUCUUCCAAGUCUGUCUAACCAUCAACCAUCAGUACGCCAGAAUUCAGUUCCUGGUCCACAGUCCCCACAAAGAGGUGGGUCACUAAUGAGGUCUGCAACGUGUCCUACUCCUGUUGAGGUUGUACCAUCUGAGGGUCCAAUUAUACCAACACCAGAACAGGUCAUGAAGUUGAGAAAAGAGAUGGAGGUGGUGAAUGGCAAUGGGAAAGUGAUGUCCGAGAUGCUGACAGAGCUGGUUCCAGGGCAAGCAAGUUCCUCUGAUGUCGAAUUGCUUCAGGAGUUAAACAGGACAUGCCGUACAAUGCAACAGAGAAUCUUGGAGCUAAUCCCCAGACUAGCCCACGAGCAGCUUACAGAGGAACUGCUACUUGUAAAUGACAACCUCAACAAUGUGUUUCUCAGAUAUGACAGAUUUGAACGGUACCGAGUAGGACAAAGUAUUAAUAACAAAGUGCCACCUGGAAUUGAAAAUACCAGGAGUUUGGUUGAUCUGGUUCCAAGUCCUUCUCAACCUGUCACUCAAUCUGAUGCCUCUAACCUGUCAUCACAGCUUGCUGGGAUGAAUGUCGGUACAGACAGUGUAAGCAGUGCUCUAAAAACUCUAGACAACAGCCAGCAACCAAAAGCAGGGAAUGAUGAGUUUGAUAUGUUUGCACAAUCCAGAAGCAGUUCUUUGGCAGAACAGCGAAAGAAUGUAAAGUAUGAAGAACCACAAGCAAUAGAUGGACUUGCUGGAGCUCUAGAUACACGCCAGCAGAACACAGGAGCGAUGGAACCUAACACUCAGAGUGGAUUGUUGCUUGACAACUGGCUGAUGAGACAAGGAAUGGGAGUUGCAGUUUUACACAAUGAGUGGAUGAUUCCUGUCACUCAUGCCUGCCUUAUGGAUGACAUUGAGCAGUGGCUAUCGGCUGAUAUGAAAGGAGAUGGCACAGAAGAUGCUGAAGGUGUAACAAGUGAAGAGUUUGACAAAUUCCUUGAAGAGAGAGCAAAAGCUGGUGAACGGUUGCCGACUCUUCCUUCCCCUCCUUCUGAAAUGCCUGGAGUGCCCAGUGCAAGCAAGAAAAAACAGGAAAAAGCAGAUGAUACACUUUUUGCGUUAUAGACCGUGUCUUUUAUUUCAUACAUAAGUUGUAAAGAAACACUGUAUUUUAAAUGGGAAGGAGGUGAAGAGUGAGGUACUCCAACUGGGUCCUCCUUUCACCAAUGCAUUUGCUGCACAGAACAAAGCUGACAGAAGACAUUCAUAUUAAAAUCAUGCAGUUCCUUUACUAUCAUUUCUUGUGCAAUCAUGGGCAGGAUGUUAUUCAUUGAUGCACUAUGUACAUACACCAUUUUGCCUGAAAGUAAUUAUAAAGCCAUUGGCCUGUUGAAGUGUGGGUGUGUAUAUGUUUGACUGUCUGUCAUCCUUCUGUACUGAAUUGUAUGUCAUUUUUAAGGUACAUUUUAGUCAUGUAAUAGUUCUCCCCAUUUUCUCAAAGUACAUUAUGCAAUGUAGUAAAUGGUAUAUGUGUGGUGGGAGGGUCUUAUGUCCAUAAAUGUAUUAACGUUUAAUAUUUCUUUCUUUUAAUGGCAAAAUAAGGAAGCCUGAGCUCUUCAAAAGUGCUGUGUAACCUCUGUAGGAGUAUGGAUUGUAUAAAACUGUUCUUAAUAAUGAAUAUAAGACACUGACAAAAAACAGUUGCUUACAGAACUUUCUUGUGCAAUAUAUCUACUUAUAAGAUUGUCCAUUCAGUUAUCAUAACCAUACAAACCUGAUGUUUUGGUACGUAGCUAUGUGAGGUAGUGAAACAAAGCAUAGCUGUCAUUGCUUAGUCCUUGCCCUUCAUUCAUUGCUAAGAAUAUGUUGAGUUUUCUUUAAUAAUAUUACUUUUUGUUAGCUUUCUGGAGAGUUUUUUUUAACUUUGUAGGUUGCAUACAUUUCCAUGAAUUGUUCUUGUUAUCAUUAGAAGUUUCAAGAACUUUCAAAAAACAGUUGAAUUUAAGAUUUGAAGAGAGACAAUUGACAGCAAAUCCAGGUGUGAAUUACAUGCACAGUUAAAGUGUCUUAAUAAUGUGAGUGUAUCAGGUGUAUGUAAUUGACAAAGUAGUUUAUCCUGAGUGUGCAGUGAUAAGCUGCUUUUAAUGUGAGGGUUAAAAGAGAAGCUUAUGGGCUCCUUUCUUGAAAUUUUCAAUGAUAUUUAUUCAUGUGGGUACUGAUUCCUCAUUAGAUCAUUAAGUCAGGACUGGCAGACCCAAGUGGCACUUCGUUAUUUUUGUUUUGUACACUAUGCAAAGAUUUGAAGAUUUAGUGACCUCUGCAUUGAGUAUAAUAUAAAUGGAAUGCAGGGGUCUUCCCCAGUGUUGAAAACUGGGUCAGAGUACCUAAGGAAAGUAGAUCAAAAGUUCUGUCCAGUAUGCUGCACCUAGCUGAAUGAUCUUGAAGAGCCUGUCCUGAAGUUAUCAUGCAUCCAUUUUGACAUAUACAUUAGAAGAGCUUGCAGCUGGCUGCUUAGCACCAUAAAGGGGAGACAGAACAGUUGUCUUGGCAGCUUACGUUCAUUUCAUUCAGAGCUAUGUUUAUGGUGGUAUACACAUUCUACAUUCCUUCUCUCAAGCAUUAAAAUGGUACAUUGUUACAUUUGUGUGAUGGGGGAGUGACCUAAAAUGGAAAUGCCAAGCAAAUGGCUAUAGUGUUGAGUAAGAUGCAUAUACCUUGUUGAUUCUGUUCCAGAGCUAGGUUUUUUAACUUUCAUUGAAGACCUCCCUGCCCUAUCUCUGUGGGAUGUAAGACUCCAGAGCUUGGACUGUGGGCUUGCACCAUUCAGGCCUGGAUAUCAGCAUUUAAGGCCAUGCAAACUAAACAGAACCUGAAUUUGACAGUUCUUGUGGAGAUUGACUCCAGCUACUUAGUGAAAAUGUCUGUACCAAAAAAAAUGCAGGUUCCUACUGUAAUGCAUAUAGGGUUACCACCUGUCCCACUUUGCGAGGGACAGUCCCUCUUUGGGCAGUUGUGUCCUGCUAAAAAAGUGUAAAAAUGGGAAUUGUCCUG